GGCCCCGGCAGCGCCAGCCCCCGCCCGUGCUCGCAGCGCCUCCGCCCCGGCAGUGACGCCACCGCCCCGCGGGGCCCGCCCCCGCCCCACGCCAGGCUCUUCCUUUCUCGCCGACAUCUUGCGGAGGAGCUGCGGCCGCAUCAUGCCGCCCAAAGACGACAAGAAGAAGAAAGACGCGGGCAAGUCCGCCAAGAAGGACAAGGACCCGGUUAAUAAGUCCGGCGGCAAAGCCAAAAAGAAGAAGUGGUCCAAGGGGAAAGUGAGAGACAAGUUGAACAACCUUGUCCUGUUUGACAAGGCCACUUAUGACAAACUCUGCAAAGAAGUGCCCAACUACAAGCUCAUCACACCUGCAGUUGUCUCAGAAAGGCUGAAGAUUCGAGGCUCCUUGGCUCGGGCUGCCCUCCAGGAGCUGCUCAGCAAAGGGUUGAUCAAACUGGUGUCCAAGCACCGAGCCCAAGUGAUCUAUACCCGAAACACAAAAGGUGGAGAUGCACCUCCUGCAGGGGAGGACGCAUAGGGAGGUGUUUGAGAGUAUUUUGCUCACAUCCUAAGCAGCUUCCUGGGGAAACAUUACUGGAAACAUUGGUUCUCCAGAAUUAAAGAGUGAUUUCAGAUUUCGUUCCUGUGCUCACUGGAAGAAACAUCAAACUGUUUGCCUGCUUUGACCUGGUUUUCUGACUGGGGACUUCCUGUUUUGCAGGUUCUCCAGUGACUUCUUCAAUAAUACGUCAUAUGUAGAUGCACACAAUAAAAUUACUGAUUAUAAUUUUUCUUGCUUUUUCAAGAA